AUGAAGGACAUGCUUACUUCUCAACCCUCAUCCCUCCUGCGACAUUCAGUCCUCACAACGCCAACGAAACAGGGUCCCGCCAUCUUUCGAUUCCUCUCCAUCGCCCACGCGCCCGACGAUACCCCGACCUCUGCCGCUAGGGCCAAGGACCUCAAGAGCACCCAGACCCUACGCCCCUGCUCGCCCCUCCCGUUGUUUCCUUGCACGUCGGCUGAAGAUGCGGGCAGGACAUUCAGGAAUCUCUCCUCGAGGACGCGCAUCGGCGUCGGCAUUGGCAUCAUCGGCUGGGGCCUCGCGGGCCACUACCUUGCCGACCGCGCCGAGGAGACGUACAAGGCCCCUGCCGAGGACAAGGCUGUCGUCGAUCGCUACGUGCCGCGUGUGACGGUCGUCGACAGGCGUGAGGGGCAGUGA